ACAACCUGGCUUCGUCUCCUUGGCCUCUUGCAGUUCUGAAGACCUCUCCAGUUUGGUGGCGAUCGGUUUUCCUCGUCUCAGACCCCAACCUUUCUGCAUUUCAGCGGCUCCGUUCAGGAGCUCCUGUCAUCCCUUUCUUUUCUCCAGUGACCUUUCUCUCUCGUUCUGCAGCUCGUCCUCAAACUCCUACAGUUCAAUUCAAGCAUCACAACCCGCCCAGUCAUUUCCAAUAACUGAAGCCAAAGUUUGAACCCCUUCAUAAAGCAGCUUGCACUCAGCUUGCUAAACCAGCAAAAACAUGAUUAACAGUGAAAUGAGAUGGUCACCAGCUGCAGUUGCUAUUCCAUCAGAAGAAGAUAUGAGAAGUGAAACUGUUAUAAACUUAGAGAGGAGUGGUUAUUCUGAGGAUAUUUCCAUGAAAAGCCUAUCAGCAAGAAGCAGUGAAAAUAGGAAGAAAAGGAAGUUGGAUAAUCAAAAAUCAAAUGAGAAACAAGUUCAAGGCAAGAAGGCAAAACUGGGGACUGCAAUCUACAUGCAGAAGCAGUUAGAUUGCCUUAUUAAUGCAGUUGAAAGUUAUUGCAGGAUUGAUGCACCAGAAUGUAGCAGCACUUCAGAGUGCAUUACUUUAUUGCGUGGCCUACCCGGUGUUGAACCAUGUAACGAGCCCUUUAAAUUAAGCAGUCGCUUAUUUCUGAAACAUGAAUACAGAGAGAUGUUUCUGGCUAUAAAGAACCCAGAUGUGAAGCUUUACUGGCUUAAGGAACAGCUAAAAUUAAAAGGAUGGGCAUGUAGCAUUGCAGAAUGCAUGACUUUAUUGAGUAGCCUUCCUGGUGUUGAACCAUGUGACGAGUUGUAUAUGUUAGGUACCCGUUUGUUUAUGAAACGAGAAUACAAAGAGAUGUCUGAUGCUCUGAAGAACUCAGACGUACAGCUUGACUGGCUAAAGGAAGAAUUGAAAAAGGAGGCUAAGGCUACUCAAAAGAAGUGAUAAAUGUACAUAUUUCUGUUGUUCCUUGGGUUCGACAUGGUGGUAAUGCUCCCUAUAACGUGAUUCAAAGUCUUAAUUGUAUGUUUUUGGGUAUUGUUUGAUGUUACCGUGAUGUAUUGAUGCUCAACUCCUUUUUUUCGGCCUUCGAUUAUUAACUUCUUAGUUAAAGAUUUUCCCUUUAAUGAAUAAAUUAUAUUAUU